AAGUUUACACAAAACUUUUCACCUGCUCUCAUGUUACUCCUUCUCCUUCAUAUAAACUUCUGCAAAAUCUAUUAAAAAAGAGUACUAAUCUUCCAUCAUGUCGGCAUUGUCUUCUUCAUUUUGCUCAAAUUUCAGUCUUGCAGAUAAUGAGAGUGAUGCUUAUACUGAUAUCGACUGGGACAAUGUGGGAUUUGGCAUAACGCCUACAGAUUACAUGUACAUCAUGAAAUGUUCGAAUGGCGAUGAGUUUAAAGAGGGCCAACUUAUUCCAUAUGGAAACCUUGAGUUCAGCCCUGCUGCCGCGGUCAUAAACUAUGGCCAAGGAGUAUUGGAGGGAAUGAAGGUGUUAAGGAGGGAAGACGGGAAGAUUAUGUUGUUUCGGCCUGACCAAAAUGCAUCACGAAUGAAGAUAGGGGCCGAAAGAAUGUGCAUGCCUUCCCCUUCUAUUGAUCAAUUUAUUGAUGCUGUAAAGCAGACUGCUCUGGCCAACAAGCGUUGGAUUCCUCCUCCUGGGAAGGGUGCCUUAUAUAUAAGACCUCUGCUGCUAGGAACAGGACCGACCUUGGGUCUAUCUCCAGCUCCAGAGUACACAUUUGUCAUCUAUGCUUCGCCUGUUGGCGACUAUUUCAAAGUUGGAAGCUCCCACCUAAAUUUGUACAUUGAGGAAGAAUUUGAUCGUGCUUCUCGUGGUGGGUCUGGUGGUAUAAAAUCAAUUACCAACUAUGCACCGGGAUUGAGACCAUUGACAAAUGCAAGGAGCAAUGGAUUCUCUGAUGUACUGUAUCUUGAUUCAGCAACCAGGAAAUAUGUUGAAGAAGUCUCUUCUUGUAAUAUAUUUGUAGUUAAGAACAACAUAAUCUCAACUCCACCAACAAAAGGUACUGUUCUCCCAGGUAUUACUAGGAAAAGUGUCAUUGAAAUCGCCAUUGAUCUCGGUUAUCAGGCAAGUCAUAUUUCAGAUAAAGAUUUAUUCACAAGCCAAUCAAUAUAUGUAACAAUUUCCUCCUUUUGCGUGUCCAUUAAUAUUACGCUAAACUACUAACUAGUUAAGCAGGUUGAAGAACGACUGAUUGAAGUAGAGGAAUUGUUCGAAGCUGAUGAAGCUUUCUGCACUGGAACUGCUGUCAUGGUUGUCCCUGUGGGAAGCAUUACGUACCAGGGA